UUGUCGUUCCCCAUCGGCUCUGCUGACCCUUUCCUCUUUCGUUGCAACGUUACCCUCUUCGUCUCUUCCACCCGGAACCAUCUUCUUCACCGCCCAUUGAAGCGGUGAUCCUGCCGCCGGGGCUCGAGGCAUCCAUCUGCUCCUCAGCUUGCUAAGCUGCGUUGAACGGUCGGGUGCGUGCGUUGUUUCUUCCGUUCUUUCUUUUCUUGUGGGUCACGCUUCAGUCAGACGCCGGACGUAGUUAGAUAAAGAUCCCGACGUCACGAUCACUUCUUGCAGCGACGACUAUGCCGGCGGGGAACAUGGACGGGGAGGAGUUGAGCGAGCCCCUGAACUUCGGGAGAGAAGGUCCGGAGGAAGCGCCCGGGGGGCGAGCGGGCUUCGCGAGAGCCGUUCCUCCGUGGACGAAGCAGAUCACGGCGAGGGGGAUAGUGGCCGGGUCGGCGGUCGGGAUCGUUUACGGGGUGAUCGUGAUGAAGCUCAACCUCACCACCGGGCUCGUGCCGAAUCUGAACGUCUCGGCCGCGUUCUCGGCCUUCGUGUUCGUGAAAGCAUGGACCGAGGUGCUCCGCAAGGCCGGCGUCAUGUCGACCCCGUUCACCCGGGAGGAGAACACCACGAUUCAGACGUGCGCCGUCGCGUGCUAUAGCAUCGCUGUCGGAGGCGGUUUCGGGUCUUACCUGCUGGCCUUAAACAAGAAGACUUACGAACAAGCUGGGGAUGCGCCUGGUAAUACUCCCGAGAGCACAAAAGAACCCGGGAUCGGUUGGAUGACCGGCUUCCUCUUUGUUAGCAGCUUUGUUGGGCUUCUGGCACUUGUUCCUCUCAGAAAGAUCAUGAUAGUAGAUUACAAACUGACUUAUCCAAGCGGAACUGCUACGGCUGCGCUUAUUAAUGGGUUUCAUACUCCUAAAGGAGACGACAUAGCCAAGAAGCAGGUUCGGGGUUUCGCGAAGUUCUUUUCGAUCAGUUUCCUGUGGGCUUUUUUCCAGUGGUUCUUUUCGGGGGGCGAGCGAUGUGGAUUCUCGCAGUUACCGAUUUUUGGAUACAGCGCCUGGAAAAACUCAUUUUACUCCGAUUUCAGCAUGAGCUACAUUGGAGCUGGAAUGAUCUGUUCCCAUCUCGUGAACUCGUCUCUGCUGCUCGGCGCUCUGCUCUCCUGGGGAAUCAUGUGGCCUCUGAUUGGUCGCCGUGAAGGGGACUGGUUUCCCAAUACGCCACCCGAAGGCAGCAUGAAGAGUCUCAAUGGUUAUAAGGUUUUCAUUUCAAUAGCUCUCAUUCUGGGCGACGGACUCUACAAUUUCCUAAAAGUACUGUAUUUCACUACAAAGAGCGUCUGUGCUAGGGUGAACACCAAGAACCGUAAGACCUUUCCUGAGGAUGAGAAUCAGUCUCUUGACGAUCUUCGGCGGAACCAAGUAUUCGCGAGGGACAGCAUUUCCGUUUGGAAGGCCUGUGCAGGGUACGCUUUCGCCUCCAUCAUCUCCGUCGCCGUGAUCCCCAUCAUGUUCCCUGAGCUAAAGUGGUACUAUGUAGUUGCUGCUUACAUGCUUGCGCCCCCACUUGGCUUCUGCAAUGCCUAUGGGGUGGGACUCACAGAUAUGAACAUGGCCUAUAAUUACGGAAAAGUAGCGCUCUUUGUGCUAGCCGCUUCGGCUGGAAACGAUUCCGGCGUUGUCGCUGGACUAAUUGGGUGCGGUCUAAUUAAAUCUAUUGUUUCCAUCUCUUCCGAUCUGAUGCAAGACUUCAAGACUGGUCAUCUGACACUGACCUCUCCCCGAGCGAUGCUUCUUAGCCAAGCCAUUGGGACGGCCUUAGGUUGCGUGGCAGCCCCUCUAACUUUUUUCCUCUUCUACGACACGUUCGAUGUGGGAAAUCCGCAGGGUGAGUAUAAGGCUCCUUAUGCUAUUGUUUACCGCAGUAUGGCCCUUCUAGGAAUGGAAGGAUUCUCUGCCCUCCCCCAGCAUUGCUUACAGCUCUGCUACGGCUUUUUUGCCUUUGCCGUGGCAGUAAACUUGGCUAGAGACCUCUCGCCUAAACACAUAGGGAACUGGGUACCGCUUCCAAUGGCUAUGGCCGUGCCUUUCCUAGUUGGUGCCUACUUUGCAAUAGAUAUGUGUGUGGGGAGCUUCAUAGUUUUUGCGUGGCACAAAAUCAACGGUGAAGAGGUGGGCUUGAUGGUUCCUGCUGUUGCUUCUGGUCUGAUUUGCGGAGACGGUUUGUGGAUCCUUCCGUCCUCGAUCCUUGCUCUCGCUAAAGUUCGUCCGCCAAUCUGUUUGAGAUUCUCUCAAACUACUCAGUUCUUUUAGAGGCCAACUGCUUUUGGAGGUGAAACAAACCGAUAUGCUUAUCAGAUGAAGGAACUAUACACAACCCACCAUCUAAUCUGAGUUAAGAAGCUGACCGAGAAGUUUCAGUCGCAGCAAACUAACAGAAGAUCGAUCAUGGAAUUAUACACAUGAAGGAGAUGCACAACCCAGCAUCUAAUAUGAGUUAAGAAGCUGACCGAGAAAUUUCAGUCACAGCAAACUAACAGAAGAACGAUCAUGGAAUUAUACACAUGAAGGAGAUGCACAACCCAGCAUCUAAUAUGAGUUAAGAAGCUGACCGAGAAAUUUCAGUCACAGCAAACUAGAAGAAGAUAGCUAUUGGAAAUGCUUACAGGCUUCAUAUAUUCAUCUGAUUAAAGUGAUUUUGUACAUAUAGCAAGGAGCCUUUUCUCUGCUGAUCUGAAUAUCCGUGGGAACGGAUUGAAUGGAAGAAUUGAAGUGCUCUUGAAGAGGUGGAUUGUAACUUAAA